AUGUUUUCUCCCUGGUACUAUACGCCGUUGAGCACUGCGGGGCAUGCCCCCUUUAGAGACUUUAUACGCCAGCUCCUCGUUCUUUCCCUAUACCCUCUGGCGCGCGCGAACCCGGUACCAUCUGAUACUUCAGGUUCCACCCGUACCGCCAUUCGGAAAGCAACAGGCUUGGCCAGAUUUGUCACGUCGCCUGCAGUCGACGCUGCCAAUGAGGCUUUGCGAGCAUUCGCGGACAGUGUGCCCCUCGCUCAUAUGUUGUCAUCGAUACCGAGCUACGACGACCCUCCCGUCAGUCUAUCUGUUGGUCAUACCAUGAACGUCCCUCGACAUGAGUCUCUUCUGGCCGCUGAAGCCGAUCGAAUUUCGAAUAUCCGGUGCUGUUGGGACAUGCUAAAGAACGGUUUCAUACCCGCACCGAGUCACAACGAUCGCGACAUGCCCGAGUUCGCCCAAGAACACGAUGCCUGCAUAGGAUCGUCGGCUUGGCCCGCGCUGGGUUGGAUCGUUCGCCUCUUCUCGCAGGAUGAGCGUGAGACCCUGCUCAGAACAGGAGAUCAAUAUUCGCCGUUACUACUACGUCAUAUACCAAGCACGCUCACUUCGCGUCACUUAAAGUGGGACGUCACUGUGCCGCUUAGGAUAGCCCUCUAUGGAAUCGCAGUGGACAAAACUCAUGCUGAAGCCUGCGGUGUUUCUGAACAGCUUCUCAAACUCGUUAGUUGGGUACUCUCCUACAAUGAUCGCUCCCUCGCUCAAUCAUACGUGCAGCUGUGCAACCUAGCAGCUGCGGGCAAGCUUGACCAGGAUCUUUUCAUCAAUGCGAUCUCGAAACAAUUUCCCACAGAAGAUCACAACUUGAACCGUCUACUCACCACGCUCCCUCCACGUCUCCGAUUUCUCACCUGCAGCUCCUGGUUGCAGAACCAUGCUUCUGACGAUGACGCGGAGGUUCAUCACUCCCACAACCAUGAACUUCCCUCCGUUUCCGGCUUAAGCAGUACUCUACGCAUAUCUAGAGCAGAUGAUCCGCCUGCACCUCACAUCAAGUAUCAUCUACUCGCAACAUACUGGACCAUGAGCCGGCGCGAAGAUAAGGCAGCCAUGUCUCGGUCGAAUGAGCUGCGGGAGGCCGUCAACGUGGCUUUUCAUUCCUGCGACAUUCUCAGAGACGCGAUUCGGCUACUGGUGAGGGCCAGUCAGCUGUUCUUCGUGCCGUAUACUGAGCCAAAGUUCUCCGCACAGAUACUGCAAGAGCUGUAG